AUUGAGCCAACGGCAACCUCAGUUGUUGGUCUACUCAAGGGCGUGACUGCGAUUGCCAUCAGUUUCGCCACUGCUGAUUUGGACUUUGCAAAGCAGAUUGCAGAGAUGUUAGAGAAAAUCUCUUACAUCGACGACUGUGACACACUUGGC